AUGCCUUCGAGAAGUCAUCUCCAAGUUCACCACGGUACCUCUUAUUCCUCCAGACUCGGACAGCCUCCCGUCACCGUUAUCGACGUAGUCAGUGCUCUGCAGCGGAAACUGACUGCCAACCAUCCUGACUCUCCCACCAUCGUCUCGACGAGACGCCCUUCCUUCUACAUGGACAGUUUACUCCACCCCAAGAAGGACAAGAAACGUGACGAUGCCAAAGAUGGUGACUCCCAUGGCCAAAAGCGGAAGUCGCUCACAAUGCGCCACUCCAACAAGUCCAAGGACCGCAACCUGGGUCACUCUCCCCGUGUAACGCCUGCUAGGCCCGGUCGGUUUGAAAUGAUCAUCGAGUCUCCUCCUUUGGUAUUGUAUGGCAACACAGGCAAUUCCACCGGCGCCUUGCUUUCAGGCCGCCUCAAAUUAGUGGUGGAUGAUCCGACCGGUGAGCUGCGGCUCGAAGACUUCACUAUGGUGUUGAAGGCUACCGUGCAGACAAAGAAGCCGGUCGGCAAGGAUUGCAGAGACUGUAUCGAAAAAACAGAGGUGCUGAAGACAUGGACAUUCCUCUCCGAGCCCAAGACCUUCCACACAGGCCAGGACAACCAGUUCCCUUAUUCUUUCCUCUUACCCGGUCAUCUCCCUGCCAGCAUACAGUCGCAACUGGCCUCGAUACAGUACUCUCUUCUUGCAACUGGAGUCACCUCUCAGGGCGAGAAGAUCGUCUUCACCCAUCCUUUAACGGUUCAGAGAGCCAUUCAACCUGGGCCAGACAAGUCAAGCAUCCGCAUCUUUCCCCCCACUAACCUGACCGGGCGAGUUCAAUUGCCGCCUGUCGUUUACCCCAUCGGCACUUUCCCUGUGACCAUGUCUUUGAGCGGUGUGGUGGAGAAAAAGGGCGAAAGCCAGACUCGAUGGCGAUUGAGGAAGCUGUCGUGGCGGAUCGAAGAACACAGCAAGGUCACCUCGACCCCUUGCCCCAAGCACGCUCACAAGGUGGCGGACGGAAAGUCGAUCCAGCAUUCCGAGACUAGAGUACUCGGCAAUGACGAGCUCAAGAGCGGCUGGAAGACCGACUUCGACACCGCUGGUGGAGAAAUUCAGCUGGAAUUUGAAGCCUCUUUGGCAACCAAAUCCAGCCACAAAGCAACAUGCGAUGUCGAAUCUCCUGCCGGGAUCGAAGUCAAGCACAACCUCGUACUCGAACUCAUUGUCGCGGAGGAAUUCUGCCCCAACAAGAACACCCAGUUGAUCACUCCUACCGGUGCUGCACGUGUCCUAAGAAUGCAGUUUGCAUUGGUCGUCACAGAACGUGCUGGCAUGGGGAUCAGUUGGGACGAAGAAAUGCCCCCUAUGUACGAAGACGUGCCAGCAUCCCCGCCCGGCUACGGGAGUUCCGACAAGAAUGACGGCGCCUGGGGCGGUGCUAUCAUGGAGGAUUAUCAUGGCCCAGAGCUCGAAUAUGAGGCCCUUGAUGACAUGGGUACCCGGCCCGGAAGCCUCGCCGUGCGCAGUCGACCACAGAGCAGGAACGACAACCCCGGCGAAGGACCUUCAACAAGACCAGGUCCAGUGAGUAGACAUCUUGCAGGAUUCACCCCUGACGAAUUGGAUGCCGAACCUCCUCAGUAUGCGUUGCGCGGGACAGAAGAGUCCUCAGCUAGCAGCCAAGAUGACCCUGUGGAGGACUAUGAGGAGGGUGUCGCUGCCACGACCCGGCACUAA